UGGCGGCCGGGCCGGGCCGGCCCCCGCUGCGCCCAGCUCCGCCCCGGGCCUGACGGGCUCCGGGUCGGCCCCCGGGGCGGGCACCGAGAGCCCAGCGCGGGAAGGCUCCAACAGGGCGGCCGGGGCCCGCUGUGGUGAGCGGCAAAGAUGCCUUCUGCCCAGAAACCCAUGCGCUAUGGCCACACGGAGGGCCACACGGAUGUUUGCUUCGAUGACACCGGGAGGUGCAUUGUAACUUGUGGCAGUGAUGGAGAUGUUAGGAUUUGGGAGAACCUGGAUGAUGAUGAUCCGAAAUCCAUUAAUGUUGGAGAAAAGGCCUAUUCGUGUGCUCUGAAGAAUGGAAGACUGAUCACAGCAGUAUCAAACAAUACUGUUCAGAUACACACGUUUCCUGAAGGAGCUCCUGAUGGCAUCCUCACUCGUUUCACCAUGAAUGCAAACCAUGUUGUCUUUAACAGUGAUGGUACCAAAAUUGCUGCUGGAUCUAGUGACUUCAUGGUCAAAGUUGUGGAGGUGACUGAUAGCAGCAAGCAGAAAUCGUUCCGAGGACACGACGCUCCUGUUUUAAGCCUGUCUUUUGACCCCAGGGAUGUUUAUCUGGCAUCAGCAAGCUGCGAUGGCACUGUCAGAGUAUGGAAAAUUGCAGAUCAGACAUGCGUGACAAAUUGGCUACUGCUGCAGAAAUGUAAUGAUGUGAUAAACGCUAAAUCGAUAUGCAGGCUUGGCUGGCAACCUGGCAGUGGGAAGUUGCUGGCAAUUCCUGUAGAUAAAGCCGUUAAGCUAUACAGAAGAGAAACCUGGGAUCAUCAGUUUGAUCUAUCAGAUGCUUCCAUCGCGCAGCCCUUGAAUGUUGUGGCCUGGUCUCCUUGUGGGCAGUACCUGGUAGCUGGAAGUGUGGAUGGGAGUAUAGUGGUGUGGAAGGUGGAAACCCAGGAGUGCAUAGAGAGGACAAAGCAUGAGAAAAAUUACUCAGUUUGUGGACUGGCAUGGCACCCCAAGUACAGGCAAAUAGCCUAUACAGAUACUGAAGGAAAUCUGGGGUUGUUGGAAGAUAUCGGCGUUGGAAAGAAACCAAAUGACAAGGUUGCCAGUACAGCGACAAAAGACUACAAUGAUCUCUUUGAUGGAGAUGAUGACGACUAUUUAAAUGGAGAUGCGAUCGAACCACCCUCUUCCCCAACCACUGGAGCUAACGAGGAUCACGGCGAUGAUGAUGACCUUAUGCCAACUGCAAGCCACCCAAGACGGGCAGUACUUGAUGACGAUGAUAACUCAUUAGAUAUUGGGAUGAUUAAAGCUAAUUCCAAUCUUCUUGAAAAGGAUGACGACGAUGAUGAUCAGACUGGUGGCUUUCCAGCUUUGCCAGCAACAUCUACACAACAGCAUUUCUAUGAUGGGCCAUUGCCAACCCCCAGGCAAAAGCCAUUCCAGUCUGGCUCCACUCCUGCACAUCUCAUGCAUCGUUUCAUGGUCUGGAAUUCUGUUGGCAUCAUUCGCUGUUACAAUGAUGAGCAGGACAAUGCUAUAGAUAUCGAAUUUCAUGAUACCUCCGUACACCAUGCGACACACCUGCCCAACUCUCUGAAUCACACCAUGGCUGACCUCUCCACUGAAGCUAUUUUGCUGGCCUGUGAAAGCACAGAGGAACUUGCAAGCAAGCUCCACUGCAUUCAUUUUAGCUCAUGGGAUACAAACAAGGAGUGGACGGUAGAUAUGCCAAAGGAUGAAGAUAUUGAGGCUAUCUGUCUAGGUCAGGGCUGGGCUGCUUGUGCCACUAGUGCCUUGCUGGUUCGUCUGUUCACAGUUGGAGGAGUUCAGAAAGAGAUCUUCAGUCUCCCAGGUCCUGUGGUGUCCAUGGCAGGACACGGAGAGCAGUUGAUGGUUAUUUAUCACAGAGGUACUGGGUUUGAUGGGGACCAGUGCCUCGGAGUACAGCUGAUGGAGCUAGGAAAAAAGAAAAAGCAAGUUUUGCACGGAGACCCUCUUUCUCUUACAAAGAAGUCCUAUCUGACAUGGGUUGGAUUCUCAGCAGAAGGUACCCCCUGUUACGUGGAUUCAGAGGGAAUUGUGCGCAUGUUGAACCGAAGACUCGGGAAUACUUGGAUACCGGUGUGUAACACAAGAGAGCAUUGCAAAGGAAAAUCUGAUCAUUAUUGGGUCGUGGGCAUCCACGAAAACCCCCAGCAGCUCAGGUGUAUUCCCUGCAAAGGAGCCCGAUUCCCUCCCACGCUCCCACGUCCUGCCGUGGCAAUAUUAUCUUUUACACUUCCUUACUGUCAAGUUACAACAGAAAAGGGACAGAUGGAGGAACAAUACUGGCGUUCCAUUGUUUUUCACAGCCACGUGGAUUACUUGUCAAAAAAUGGCUAUGAAGUUGAUGAAAAUGCAACCAGUCAGUCAGUGAAAGAGCAGCAAGAACUUCUAAUGAAAUUGUUUGCUCUUUCUUGUAAACUGGAGCGUGAAUUUCGUUGUGUGGAACUUGCUGACCUCAUGACACAAAACGUUGUGAAUUUAGCAAUCAAGUAUGCUUCUCGCUCUCGGAGACUAAAUUUAGCUCAGCGGCUUAGCGAAAUGGCUGUAGAGAAAGCAAGUGAAUUGGCAACUGCACUGGAAGAAGAAGAGGAGGAAGAGGAUUUCCAAAAUCAUUUAAAUGCUGGUUACAGCAACUCUGCCACAGAGCGGAGUCGUCUGCCAGGCAGAAAUGUUCAGCAGGACGAAGAAAUGGAAGAUGCUGAGGAAACCGAUGAAUAUGAGGAAGCAGAAGAAACGCCAGAAGUACAUAAACAGAGGCCAAAUCCUUUCUCCAAAGGAGUCACUUCAGCCGAGGUGACUACUGCAAAGCCUGCUGUAAUUGCAUCAAGCAGCCAAGGACGAGUGAAUCCCUUUAAGGUGUCAUCUAACAAAAAGGACCCACUGGUCCCAUCAGCGAGUGUUCUAGACAGUAUGAGCAAAUACUCAAAGAAAACUUCAUCUAGCAGUCGAGCUGUAAACAAGGAGAACCCUCCAGUUAUAAAGCCUCUGAUUCCCAAACCAAAAUCCAAGCAGGCUUCAGCAGCAUCCUUCUUCCAGACUCGUACACCAAACUCUAGUGAAAAAGCAGUGGAAGAAAGACAGGAAAAAGCAGUGGAAGAAAGACAGGAAAAAGCAGGAAGGGAGUCCCCUGAAGUCAAAGUCACUGCACAGGACAACACUGAAAAGAAAAGACCGAAGACAGGAUUCCAGAUGUGGCUAGAAGAGAACAGAGCAAGCAUUUUAACAGAUAAUCCUGGCCUGAAUGAAGCAGAAGUUAUAAAAGAAGGCAUGAGUCGAUUUCGAGUUCUGUCAUCAGAGGAAAGAAUGGCGUGGACUGAGAAAGCAAAAGGAGGAGCAGUUAAUGGUUUAACAGAAGACAAAAAACGAAAGCGUCCCACGGUGGCUGAAGAUGAGGCAAAAAAGGAGCAAAAAUCAGAGGACUCGAAUUUAUCAAAAAAACCAAAAACUUCAGGUCAAUCUACAAAUGUCAGAUUAUCAGCUUUUGCGUUCAAGCAAAGCUAAAUAAUGUGGUGCCUUCUCAGCAUCUGCUUUCUCAAUGCAGAGCCAUCUCCUGUUUCCAGAAAUUUGCCGCUGUGCUCAAAGAGCACUAGCAAAAAGAGAGCGCCUUGCUCCACAUAUUUUUAGAAAGUAUUUUAUUAUCAAUUAUUUAGGGAAAUGUUGGAUCCGCUCUCCAGGUCUUUGCAAGUUGCUAGCGUAAAGAUGGACAGCAGAACUAAUCCUAAUGGGCCUGUUACCUUGAAGCACAGUUCCACAGUUUUGAUGCUCAUAAUAUUUGAUGCUAAAUCCAGGUGAGUCAUUUUUGGGGUCAAGUGCCAUGUUCAAAAGCUGUCCUUUGGUUAUGGAGAAGCAAAGCGGUGGCUUCUGUACCUGCCUGCUGCAAACUCUUGUAAGAGAGAGACGCUCAGAGGAAUGACAGUGAGGGGAAGAUGGCAGCUUAACAUCGUCCUGAUGGUCAGCUGCAGCUUCAACACGUGUGGCACUGUCGUUGAGCAGCCUGGCAUGGGCUGGGACAGAAAACCAGGACAGAUAGGAACGAAGCUGAAUUAGGAGUGUCAGGUGUGCAAAAACAAACCAUUCCAGACUGUAAAUGUGCCUUCCCAAUCUGAGCUUCAGGACGGCCCAGAAAGUUUUCGGAACUUGAAAAUGUGUGCAUUAUUUUCUGUAAUGUUUGUUUUUAAAAUAAAAUGUGAAUGUUUCUUUCCUUGGCAACUUUUUUAAUUAAAGUAAACACACUUUUACUCACUAAUCAUAAGGCAGUCAUAUUUACCCUUCUCUGAAGAGGAGACAGUACGUCUAAUAAAUAUAUUUGAAUCAAA